UCCAAAAUGCCAAAAGCCAACUCACCCCCACUUUCCCCAGAGCCAGAGCUCGACUUGAGCACAAAGGGACAAGUCAAGGACCCCUCAGCCCUGAGCAGCGCAGUAGAAGCUGCCAAGGCACGAUUCCUUGAGAGGAACCCGAUAUCUGGCAAGUUGUUCGAGGAAGCCUCUCAAUAUCUACCUGGCGGGAACACAAGGACGCUCCUCUACACAGCCCCUUACCCAAUAUGCAUGAAGAAAGGAGAAGCAUAUAAAGUAUAUGAUGAAGACGGACACGAAUAUACCGAUUUCGUAGGAGAGCUCACUGCGGGACUGUAUGGGCAUUCGCACCCAGUGAUCCAGAAGUGCCUCAUCGACACGAUAACCAACGUAGGUCUGAACCUCGGAUCGACUAUCGCGCAGGAAGCCGCGCACGCGAAGCUGAUGUGCUCGCGUUUCCACCUCGACAAGGUGCGCUUCUGCAACUCGGGGACGGAAGCCAAUAUGCAUGCCCUGGCCGGGGCACGCUACUUCACUGGGAAGCGGAAGGUGGUCGUCUUCUCAGGCGGCUAUCACGGGGCUGUCUUCGGUUUCUGGGAUGGCGUCCAGGAGAAUGGUGUCGAUAAGCAUGAGUGGGUGAUUGGGAGGUAUAACGAUGUCGAAGGCGCGAAGAAGCUCAUCGAGCAGGACGACAUCGCUGCUGUCCUAGUAGAAGGUAUGCAAGGUGCAGGCGGCUGCAUUCCAGGGACGCGAGAGUUCCUGCAUCAGGUUCAAGAGAGCGCCAAAAAGGUCGGCGCAUGUUUCAUCCUCGACGAAGUGAUGACCUCCCGUCUCAGCCCCUCCGGUCUACAGGCCAUCCUUGGCCUCUCCCCCGAUCUGACCACCUUCGGGAAAUGGCUAGGCGGCGGCCUCGCAUUUGGUGCUUUCGGCGGCCGGGAAGACAUCAUGGCCGUCUACGACCCGCGCUCUCCCUCCUCGCUCGCGCAUUCAGGGACCUUCAACAACAACACGCUCGCCAUGCACGCCGGCUUCACGGGACUCUCGGAGAUCUGGAAACCCGAAGUGGCCAUCGAGUUCAACGAGCUGGGAGACUCGUUCCGCGCGGAUCUGCAGGCCGUGGCCAGAGGGACCAAGAUGAGCGUCACGGGGAGAGGGACGCUGGUCGGGAUCCAUUUCUCGCAGGAGGGGACGACGGAGAUUCCGUGCAGGGAGGCGAUUGUCGAGGAUUGGGACCUCAAGGAUUUGUUCUUUAUGGAGAUGAUGGAAGAUGGAUUUUGGCUCACGAGACGAGGUAGCAUUGCGCUAAUUCUGGGGACGCCGAAGAGUGAGCUGGAUAGAUUCGUUAAGAGUGUCGGGCAAUUCUUGGAGAGGCACCAGAACCUGGUGACAUUGGCAAAGUGAGUUGUAGUCAUCUGCUUCAUACAGAUGUUUCAUGAACAGGUCCAG